AAAAUAAAAUAAAAAUAAGCUUGAAGAGGUUCACUGUCUAAAACCUAACUCACGCUCCACCCCUGGUCAUCUUCACGCCGGCCACCUCCGCCUCCGGCCUCCAGAGCCGACGCCGACGCCUCCCCCUUCUUUCUCGCUGUUAACGCCACCCGCUUGAGAAACAAAGUCAAUGGAGUCAAAGUCACCAGUCAAUCUAACGGGUACAGCUAAGGCUGCAAAAUAUGCACCACCUCUUGGCCUGGUUGACAUAGGCGAAAGCAAACAUGCAUACAUCUUUCGCGUCUCCUUACCCGGUGUCUGUAAACCUCAGUGCAAUGUAAAGCUGGAUAUCCGUAAUGACGGGCGGGUCGAAAUCGAAGGAGUUAUCCAAGAAAGCGAAUUUAUCAACAAACAUUCCAACAACAAAUACAAACCAAAACUCCAACAACUACCACCUUCCGGAAACUUCAACAUUAUAUUUAACCUACCUGGUCGUGUUGACCCACGGUUGACCGUUCCCUCCUUCCGAAACACCGGAAUACUCGAAGUGGUUAUCAUGAAACACAUCACACCCAACAACUCGGGUACCCCUGUCCCCCCUAUUCCCAUCUAGCUUGUCCAUUUGAC